GGACUCCUGAAGGGGCCGCGGCUCUGGCGCCUUAGCCCCGCCCCCAUCGCCUUAGCUCCGCCCCGCAGCGGCAGCCCCUCCUCAGGUGAGGGCCGGCACCGCCCCGCGCCCAGGUCGGAGCCCGGAAGCCCUGAGGCCUUGGUGGCGGUGGGGCCAUGGCGGGUGUGGAGCCGGGACUGGGGUGGCUGUCCCUGCUGCUGCUCCUCGUCUUCCCUAUCCCGCCCGCCAGCUCGGCCCUGCGGCUGCUGCUGGGCGCCGCGCCGCCCUUUACCUGCUCCCAGCCGGAUUUAAACUGCCUCGUAAGAAAUAGUACCUGCAUGGAGGCAAGCUGGCUGCAGGUUCCCACGUGGACUCCUUCUGCUCCAAGCAGUCUUCAUGUCUCUUCUGACGUUUUCCAUCAGAUGGAUGGAAAGCUGCUCCCUGUGCUUCGGAUAGAAUGGAAAGUGGCGACCGAUGCUAGCAUCCAGUAUCUCCGAGGGGCAGAGCUGGCUGUGAUGCAAGUGAACAGCAAUCAACAGAUCUGUGCCCAGUUUGACUUUCAGAACAACUUGCCACUUCAGGUCCGUCCGGAUGGAGGCCGGUGGAAUUUCACUUUUGACCGUUUUGAAGUGGAACCUGGCCAGACUUACCAGGUGACUGUCUACCAUCUGCCCAAACUGGGUGUACAUGGAGACUACAACUGCAAGUCUACAUCUCUCUCAGUGCCCGACUGCAAGGACUCUCUGAUGAAAAGAACCAUCCCAUGUAUAAAGACAGGCAGCUUGUGGGAGCCCAGGAUCCAAGGUAAAAGUCUAGAUGAUACAACUCUGCUUGUGAGCUUUAACCCAUGGAUGGAGUCAGCCCGAUACCAAAUUCAUGUGGCCAGUUUCCUGCAUGAGAAGAAGUGUAAAAUGAUCACACGUGAUUUCACUGAGGGUGGACUACAACAGCAAGUGAAUGUCACAAUAAAAAUAGAGAAGAGUAUAAGAGCUUGCUGCAGCUACAGAGUACAGAUUCAGCCAUUCUUUGCAAACUGUGGCACAGACUGUCUGAGACACUCUGCUUUCAUCCCGUGUUCACCAGCUCCAAGUACAGACCCAUCAGGUGAUAUGAUUAUAUGGCUUUAUUGGUGUAUCACUGGCAUCUGUGUGUUACUGGUUGGAUCAAUCAUAGCAGGUGUGAUUUGUAUGACCAAAAAACGAGCAGGAUACUGGCGAGGGAAACGCAGCCACAAUGAUCUGCAGACUGCAACACCAUAUACUGACCUUCCUCUGCCACCCCUGAAGCCCCGAAAGGUUUGGAUUGUGUACUCCGCUGAUCACCUGCUGUAUGUGGAUGUGGUGCUGAAGUUUGCAGAGUUUCUGAUGACAGUCUGUGGCACUGCGGUAGCCUUAGAUCUGCUAGAAGAUCAUCAGAUCUCAGAGUUAGGGCCGUUACCCUGGCUUACUCGACAGAAGAAGGAAAUGGAAGACCUGUCUUCAAAGAUCAUCAUCUUAUGUUCACGGGGCACCCAGGCCAAAUGGCAGGCCAUGCUUGGGAGUGAGCCUGUGUGUCUCAAGCAAGAUCAGCAAAAGCCAAUGGGAGACCUGUUCACCCCAGCCUUGAAUUUGAUCCUGCCAGAUUUCAAGAAGCCAGCCUGUUUUGGAAUGUACAUAGUCUGUUAUUUUGAGGGGAUAAGUAGUGAGAGAGAUAUACCUGAUCUGUUCAACGUCACAUCCAGGUACCAACUGAUGGACAAGUUUGAGGAUAUUUAUUUUCGGAUUCAGGACUUGGAGAAGUUUGAACCUGGGCGCAUCCAUCGAAUCCGGGAAAUCACAGCUGAAAAUUACAUUGAUACCCCUAGUGGGAGGAAAUUGAAAGAGGCAGUACAAAAGUUCAAGAACUGGCAGAUGGAGCAUCCAGACUGGUUUGAGAGUGAAACCAUCUGCUUGGAUAAUGAUGAAGAGUUGCAGUCCCUAAACAGAGAGAGCCAGAUGGAUUCAUUGCUAAGUGAACCAGGUGGAAUUGUGAAACACCAGCUGUACCUAUGGGAGCCUGACCCGAACUGCUGUUAUGUCAUCAAUCUCCACAUGCAUGAAGGUGAAAGUAGAGGCUGUAAACUGCAACCUCAACUUAAUCUGUGUGGGGAUCUGACUUCUCAGACUGUGGUCCUUCCUAUGGAUGAGGCUCCUCUAGUUCAGGUAGUGGAGCCAGUCUCUUCCAUGGAAGAUAGAAAUAUACUUGGUCAUCAUGUGCUGAGUAAUGAGGACUACAUGGAAGGAGUUCCUCUUCUGGAGAUGAGCUUUCCAAUGAGGAAUAACGUCAUCCUCCACAAUGACUCUGAGGUUUCAGCAAUAGAUGACCAGAGUCCUGCAAACGUCUCAGGUGAACUGAGACACCAUCUGAAUGGACUCAUGUACUCUCUUUAUCAGCAGAGCGUCAUUCCAUCAGAGCCAUCUCUCUGCCAAGAGGAGGCUGACAGGCAACACCAGUUGGUGUUUGAUGACCAAUGCAAAGACCAAAGACAGUCAGUGCAGUCAGACCAGGGCUACAUCUCUAGAUGUUCUCCUCUGCCUCCUGAUGACCUUGUGGAGGAGGAGGAGGAAGAGGAGAAGGACGAUCAGGAAAAACAGAUGGUCUGCCAUGAACUCCCUCCAGAGGUCUUGAACAGUCUAAAGAGCCUCCAGCAGCAGCUGCUUUUCCAGGACAUUCAACGGAGCUCUGACUGGGGCUAUCCAGCUGAGGUGAUGGACGCUGGCCAAUCUCUGGAGGACAGUUAGGCUCUCUCUGGGACCUGUUCCAUUUAAAAUACAGGGAUGGAAGGUGGUACCAUGCACAGUGCUGAAACCGCAUUUCCAACACCAACCUUGUCCUUGUAUUAUAAAUGACUUACUGGUGCUUGAAAACCAGUAAUAGGAGGAAGGGGGAAAAAGGGAUAAUGGACCAAAAAAUGGGAUUCAGGCUGUUUAUACAAUUAUAAGAAGAAUCUGGGGCUGAAUACAGAAUUACUGAAUCAGGGGAAUCUGGUGUAUUCUGUAAUGCACUGCUGCAGUGCUGUUUGCUUCUGGACAUCUUAGCACCAGGAAGACUUGAACUGAAGAUGUAGAAAGUGACACACAGUUGCAGAAAUGAAAGACUGUUUUGGAGGGGAGGGGAAAGUGUAGCUUCAGAUGCUGUUUUAGAGUGGAGAUUAUAACCGUGUUAGGGGAGGCUGAGCUAAAAUGAGCAUAAGAUGCACUUAUGUGGGUAUAAAUUCAAGCACAUGUAGUUCAGGUUAAACAUUGUUAAAUGCUUAACAGACUAAGGGGUUCAUCUUCCAGAAGCAGUGAUGGUAACUAUAUAAAUUCCGAUAUUUUUAAAAGAUUGGGCUUGAUGCACUAGAAAAAAUUGCUCCCUGCAAGUGAUUGCGUAUUGGCCCGUGUAGCACUGACUGGGUAGUGGGCUAGUCGAGGCUGGCGUUUACCCUAUUUGUUAUCAUGGUUUCUGUAGUCCAGCCCACUGGAUAACAGCUUGUAAGAUGUAGAUACAUCCAGGCCUUUCUCCUUUGUUCACGCAAACUUGUCAUCUUCCUGUCCUUCUAAGUUUACUUGUCAAAAAAAACCCUUAAGAUAACUUUAUUUCAGCUUUUUUAAAAAUCUGUUAUCUCAGAAGAUAAUCUGUUCUUUUGACUUGCUACCAAUGUUGUAUUAUGUAUGUUUUAUAAUUUUAUGUGUUUAAAACUUGUAGUUUGUUCCUUAAAUUAAAAAACAAGAAUACUUUUUGAAUA